GCAGCUGAUCAGAGCACUUUCUCGGUCUUCAAGUGAUCUCUUCCCUUUGGAUCUUUCCUACUCAAGGUUACGGCAAUGCUGUUGUCAUCCACAUGGCUACCGGCAGUGAUGGCAGCCAUUUACCUUGUGUUACUGCGAACCGUCCAAGCUGGUGCUUAUUAUGGGAUCAAGCAGAUGCCUCCCCAAGUGCCACAGUAUCAGCCUCUUGGACAACAACCUCACAUGCCUUUGGGCAAAGAUGGCAUUCCAAUGCAGCACAUGGGCAAUGAGGGGCCACAGCUUCCCUAUGGGAAAGAAUAUGUGCCUCAGUAUAUAAAAGAAAUCCCACAGAUCCCCAUGCUGGGAAAGGAAAGGGUUUCAAAGAAGGAGAAAGUGGAAAUUCCUCUAGCCAGUUUGAGAGGGGAGCGGGGUCCUCCCGGGGAGCCUGGACCAAGAGGCCCACCCGGACCUCCCGGGUUACCAGGACACGGAGUGCCAGGAGCGAAAGGAAAACCAGGUCCACAAGGGUAUCCAGGAAUUAGCAAACCAGGCAUGCCCGGAAUGCCAGGAAAACCAGGAGCAAUGGGACCUCCCGGACCAAGAGGCGAGAUGGGGCCAAAGGGAGAGAUUGGAUCGAUGGGCAUUCCAGGCCCCCAAGGACCACCAGGACCUCAUGGAUUACCUGGAAUAGGAAAACCAGGAGACAGAGGAUUGCCAGGACAGGCUGGAGCAAAGGGAGAACCAGGAAUGAAAGGACCACCAGGAAUACAAGGCCCACCAGGUCCCAAAGGAGAUAAGGGCAUUGGCAUUCCAGGAUUGCCAGGACUAAAAGGUCCACCUGGUUUACCUGGUCCUCCAGGUCCUGUUGGACUUCCUGGGGUAGGCAAACCAGGAAUUAUUGGUUUUCCAGGCCCCCAGGGACCUAUGGGUAAAUCGGGACCUCCAGGGGAACCAGGACCUCCAGGAUUAGCUGGAGCUCCUGGAAUUCAAGGUCCUCCUGGCCUUCCAGGUAUAGGAAAACCAGGCCAGGAUGGAAUACCGGGACAGCCAGGCUUUCCAGGUGUAAAAGGUGAGCAAGGCUUGCCAGGGUUACCAGGACCUCCUGGUUUACCUGGGAUUGGAAAGCCAGGUUUUCCUGGAGCUAAAGGUGAACGUGGCAUGGUUGGUCCUCCAGGGCCACUUGGUCCUAAAGGCGAAAAGGGGCAUGUGGGCCCACCAGGCAUGGGUGGGCCACCAGGAGAGCCAGGCCAACCAGGUUUGCCAGGGGUAAUGGGUCCCCCAGGUGCUAUGGGGUUCCCAGGUCCUAAAGGAGAAGUUGGAGUUAUUGGGCCUCCAGGUCCUACUGGCCCCAAAGGUGAACUUGGCUUACAAGGUUUCCCAGGAAAGCCUGGUUUUCCAGGUGAUGUGGGGCCUCCAGGUCUGAGAGGCUUGCCUGGUCCCAUUGGCCCAAAAGGAGAAGCUGGUCACAAAGGUUUGCCAGGUCUGCCGGGUGCUCACGGGCCCACAGGCCCCAAAGGAGAACCUGGGAUCCCAGGAGCUCAAGGCUUCCAAGGCCCUUCUGGAAUCCCAGGCAUUGCAGGACCCAGUGGCCCCAUUGGCCCUCCAGGACUUCCUGGGGCUAAAGGUGAACGGGGUCCUCCAGGCCCACCAGGUUUUCCAGGAGUCGGGAAGCCUGGUGUGGCUGGGAUGCAAGGGCCACCUGGAAAGCCUGGGUUAGUUGGUGCUCCUGGCCAGCAAGGUCUCCAGGGACCUCCAGGCCCACCUGGUCCCCCAGGACCCCCUGUCAUAAUCCCACCCACACCACCAGCUAUGGGACAGUACUUGCCUGAAGUGGGUCCGGGCCUCGAUGGAGUGAAGACUCCAUAUGGCUAUAUGGGGAAGAAAGCUAAACAUGGUGCUGCUGCCUUUGAGAUGCCAGCGUUCACAGCUGAGCUCACCACUCCUUUCCCGCGGGUUGGGGUGCCUGUGAUGUUUGACAAGCUCCUGUACAAUGGCAGGCAGAACUAUAAUCCACAAACUGGCGUCUUUACCUGUGAAAUCCCUGGGAUCUACUACUUUGCCUACCACGUGCACUGCAAAGGGGGAAACGUCUGGGUGGCUUUGUUCAAGAACAAUGAGCCUUUGAUGUAUACUUAUGAUGAAUACAAGAAAGGUUUCCUGGACCAAGCCUCUGGGAGUGCUGUUGUUCAGCUGAUGCAAGGAGAUAGAGUUUAUAUCCAGAUGCCUUCCGAGCAGGCAGCAGGACUCUAUGCCGGGCAGUACGUCCAUUCAUCUUUUUCAGGAUAUUUAUUGUAUCCCAUGUAAACCAAACACUUGGACAAAAUGAGAACUUUUUUUGUGUGCUUCAAACCUAUACCAUUGAAAGAUGCAUUUAAUUACCUUUUUUUUUUGGACCAACAUGUACAAUCAUUGAAAUAAAAUUACCGAAUUAAACAUUAUGUACAGCUUUUAAAAAAGGAAGAAAAGGUGGUUAUAAACCCAGUGGAGACCUUUUUGCAGCUGUACACGGAACAUUUUCUACCUUUGCCUCCUUCGUUUCAUUGAAAAUCAUGGCAAGUCAGAGUUGACAUUUUUGUCCUUCUUCAUCAAUUAGUUCUAAUGAUUUGUUGACCUGAAACAUCUGGUUUAAUUGGGGAACACUAAAGAAAGAAACAGAGGAGUUUGUUUAAUAAUACUUUAUUUCUAGAGAUACUUUUCCCCCCCUUGGGAGCAAGGACAACACUGACAUAAAGUAGGCUCAGCAAUUCCACUAGAAAAGCCAGAAGAUUGCCUCAAAUCUUGUCUUAAAAUGACAUUUCCCUCUAACGUAUAUUCGCAAAGAAUGCUAGGGCAGGCCAGCUUUCAGUAUCAGCUGGUAAAGAGGCUGAUUUUCCAGGUGGAUCAAAAUCCAACGAAAAUGUUCCCAAUGCUUUUUCCAGUGUGAAGUGGGUUCUUGUAUAAAUAUAAAAGUAUAGAAUAUAGAAAAUCGAUUACUCUAGAGGGAAGUUUAGCACAAAGUGAUUAUGUGCUUAUAGGAAGCCAAUAAAUGCGGAUACAGUGCAGGUUAGUAGUCACCAGAUGGUCAGUGUUGUCGCACAGCCUGACUGUUGGACCUCUGGACAUGGAAAUUGGGAUGGUAAGGCAAAUGUAACUAAGGUAGGCAUGUGGAAUCCUUGGUGCUCCAGAUAGUCUGGGCUAUAACCCACCCCCCAACUCCCCUAUUCUUUAUCAUUUUUCAUGCUGACUGGAACUUCUGGAAUUAGAAAUCCAAAAUACAUGGCAGAACAAAAGUUUCGAGUCUAUGAACUAUGACAAUGAAUACAACAUCAGAGUCAUGGAUAUCAUGACUGAAAUAGGCUCAAGGUCCUGGGUGUGAUCUAGCUGAAAGCACUCUUAGAUGACUUUCAUUUCACAUGGAAUUACUGGCAUAAUUAGAACCAAACGUCUUAAAAGUACACGUAAGAUGUAGGGCUGGCCCUAAAAUUCCACAGAGCGUAGUCUCUGCCUCUGGUGGCAGACACCACCAGGAAGUGAAUGAUUAAAAGACCCGCACUGAAUGAUUAGAAGUGCCGUUUCUGCUAUACAGUCUGCCUUGAUGCGCUCAGGGGCAGUUGAGGUUGCUGUUUUGUCACCAGUAUUAUAGUAAGAGUCAACAUCCAGCCUGUUGGGUUUUGUACAUAGAAUGAUUGGUGGCACCAUCUUGUCUCCCACUUCAUUCAACCAGCCUGAUAAAAAGAGCUCUCCUGGGUCAGACCAAAGGCCCAGUUUUGUCCAUUUUUUCUGUUUCUGCAGUAGCCAAUCAGUUGCCUGUGGAAAGUCCAAAAGCAGGAUGAGAGCACGCAAGCCCUGUUCCACUGGUGUUCCCCAAGAGCUCACAUUGAUAUGCAUUAACUACAUUGAGAUACUGACUCACAUAUACUUGCCCUUCCACCCCAAAUAAACACACAUGUGUUGUUCACACAGAGGCAGCAAAUGUGAAAGACUCUUGUAGAAAGGGUUGGCUUUUUGACUUUUCCCUCUCCGGCAUGUUUUUUUGCUGAAAACUGCACUAAAGGCGGGGGGGGAGGGUAUGUAUACCUGUCCAGAGAAGACAGUUAAAAAAGGCUGAGAUAUCUGAGUUCUGCUGUGCCAUUGAAAUCAACGGGCUAAAUGCAUUUGUUAGUUCAGACUAGAGUAUACCCAUUUAAUGAAUGGAACAUACACAAGCGCAAAUAAGAAAUUCUGUCUGUACAAGGUAUGCCUUCUAGCUGGGGCUAUCAAUUGGAUUUAGUAUUAAAGAAAUUAUAUUUGGCUGGAUUAUGACCCAUGUUUGCAAACCUUUGUGCUUGCAAACCACAAACUUUUAAGAAAUUAGUUUCUUUGGGAUUUAGAAUGAAGUACUGAUUGUUUGAUAUGCUCAGAACUGAAGCUGUUUAUUCAUGUAUCAUUUUUUAUGUCUGCUUAAUCAAUAAAGGACAAGAUAGCUAGCAAUGAUUCAGAACAGUGCCUUUGCUUCACUUUUGCUCUCAUGCAAAUGAUUUGCAUGAAGAUAAUGUUAGGUAACAGAACAAGUGAUUCAAAUAUUUCACAUUUCUCUUUCAUUCCUCCUGGCCUAUAUUUGCCUAUGAGGAUGUACAAGCUAGAGAAUCUUGUGCAUGUGUAGGUAGCAGAACAAUUUUGGCCAUACUCUUGCAUGGAGUUUGGCAUACAGAAGUUGACUGACCCAGAUCAAAAUGCAGAGCUCCUCUUGCUGAGGGCUUUUGGGAGUUGCAGUCCAAAGGGAGUAAGUUUUACAGGUUUGGUUACAAUGUUUUGGGUAGGAACUGAGUAUGUUUUGGAUAGGAGUCAAGUGUGCAGACAUGGCCCACUCUCUGUUCUGAUUGCUGCAAAGGGCAACAGAAUCAAGAGAUACCGUAAAAUAUCCAAAAACGGAGCAGAAUUCCACUCUUCUGGAACCCAGGGAAAACUUUAUCUAGAGUGUACACACUUUCACCCAGCCACUCUGAUUUUCCUAGAGUUUAGGAAGUUACUUCCUGGAUUCUGAUUCCUAUAAUCCCCCAUCUGCCAGCAGCCAUGUUGGCUUCAAGAUAAUAGCACUUGUAGUUAGAAACUUAAUUUUUCCAGCUCUGGAAGUGAAAGCAACAUACUCCAACCACAGAAUAUAAACUGUCCGGUUCAUGCUUUGCUUUAAAAUGUUGAGGAGGUGGCUAUGAUAAAAAUAUGAAUUUAAUGGCCAGAAUCCUAUUCAGGUUCAUGUAAGAUCUGCAUAGCAAGCUGUGGCUAGUUGUAGCUAACUGAUGAAGUACAGAGGUUCCAUGCCUGGUCACAUGUCUGAUUAUGCCACCAUGUCCCAGCACCUCAUCAGCAAGUUAUGCAAGCCUUACAUAAAUACUAGUAGAAUUCCAACUGUUACAUAUAUACCUAUAUAUUUAACAUGGAUUUAUCCUUGUUUAUUUGCUCUUUACAGUGGAUAAAUUUAUGGACCACAGCUUCCAAAAUGGCCCUGUCAGAAUGGCUAUGUUGGCUGGAGGAUCUGGGGACUUGUAGCCCCAAAAGUGACCCUUCUAACCUCUGGAUUUUACCCAUUUCAACCUGUUCUCCAUGUUCAACUCACUCAUAGAUUAGAAUGAACUAACUCAGUGAAAUUAAAGUUUGUCUAUGACAGAAAUAUAGGCAGGCACUGUAAACUUGGGCCCACAAGAAUUCUCCUUCAUGUAAGACAAUGUGAUCUCCAGAGAUCUUCUGUGGUGCCCAUAGGAAAGGUCCUAGUUCAGAGGUGAACAAAAUGCAGCCCAGGAGACACAUACCCCUCCCCAGGCUGUUUGAUUGUUGUUGUUGGUGAUAGCAGCGUUAUUCUGACCCAGAAUGGUAGUUCACCAGUUUAAAAGGCCAAUGUCUCUCCACACACUGUUAAUCUCUCUCCCCCGCCCCAUUUUUUUCCAGAAGUAUUAAGUUGGCUGCCACCCACUCAAGUGUUAUUUUUGGGGAGGGUUUCUGGCCAUUUUUAGUGGCCUCUGGGGAGGUUCUCAGGGGUGCAGAAUUGGCCCUUAGAGCUGUCAAAGCUGCCCACCCCCAAAUCUAGUUGGAUUAAUAUUUCCGCAAACAAUAAACUUCACUACUUUAACCUUUUGGUGGAUCCUGUCCUCUCAGCAACGGGGCUUAUCUGUCAGUUUUGAAAACACGAGUUGCAUGGGUUGUUUAGAAUAAAGGGAUGCAAUUCAAUGCUGUAACACCAGUGGUUUUAUGUGAGUUUCGAACCCUGAAAUGAAUCUAACAUUCAGUACUUCUGCAUUUUAACUGAAGCCUCCAUAUUUAACAUAGAAAAGUCAAGGUCUUCUAUGCACACUCAGAAAAAUAUGGACUCAAACUGGCAUUAUUUCAAUUAUUUAAGUUCAGUGUUUAAUAAAAUAAUAUAACAUCAGUACAAGACGGCAACAAUAAAUAUAUGGUGCUAGAAAAUCAAAUGUUUCAUAGAAGGUUGAGAGCAAUAGUCACAGUUACUGCGAUAAGAGAUGAGAGAGAUGAAAAUAGCAGAUAAUUUUGUAUUUAAUUUUUUUUGUACUGAUUGUAAAAGAGCUUAUUAAAUAUCUUUUUAAAAUGUU